AUGGGAGAUAGAACAGUAGCUAACAUUGUGAAUGAGGUCUCCGUCGCAAUAUGGACAACUAUGCAGCCGGAUUAUUUGCCACAACCUACAUCAGAGACGUGGCUGUCGAUUGCGUCUGAUUUUAAUUCAAGAUGGAAUUUUCCUCACUGUGUGGGGGCGAUUGAUGGGAAGCACAUUGUUAUAAAGAAACCAAACAAAUCUGGAUCAUCAUACUACAAUUACAAACACACUUUCUCCAUCGUCCUAAUGGCAGCUGUUGACGCUACAUCAAAAUUCACUUUCAUCGAUGUAGGAUCCAUGGGGAGAUUCAGUGACGGGGAUGAGGCCUUCCCGCUAAUGUGCAACUUGAUGAGACCCUACCCAAAGAAGCAAGUUACGGACAACCAUGAAAAUAAGGUGUUCAACUACAGGCUUUCACGGGCCAGACAAACUGAUGAGUGUGCUUUUGGAAUUCUAGCAUCGCGAUUCCGCGUAUUCCAAAAACCAUUCGAGAUUAAAGUUUCUAGCGUUUGGCGUAAGACGGCGCAGGUCAACAAUGUGGAGCAGUUUCUGUGUCUCGACCACAAGUGCGGACAGUCGACGUGCGGGACUACACUGCCCUGCCUUACCCUGCGCCACAAUAUGCGCGCUCUCUAG